UCUCUCUCGCGAGAGGCAAAGCGGCGCGAGACCCGGAAGCGCCGCCCCUCGCGGCGGGGGGCACUCGGAGCCAUCGCGGCUGCGCGGGGCGAGAGCGGCGCGUCCCGGCCGCGGCUGCCGGGAGCUACCGGGGAGCGGGACGGGCGAGACAGCACACUGAUAAGAUUGCACGGCUUGUGAUCCUGCACUGUCAUUUGAGUUCGGCAUCAGCUGCCUUUUUUCUGGUCCCUGCAAGAUGCCAGCAGCCCUUGCAGAGAACAGCCAGGUUAUCUGUGAAGUAUGGGCCAACAACCUGGAGGAAGAGAUGAGGAAGAUUCGGGAGAUUGUUCUCAGUUACAGCUACAUUGCCAUGGACACGGAGUUCCCCGGCGUGGUGGUCAGGCCGAUCGGGGAGUUCCGCAGCUCCAUCGAUUACCAGUACCAGCUCCUCCGCUGUAACGUUGACCUGCUGAAAAUCAUCCAGCUGGGCCUGACUUUCACAAAUGAGAAGGGGGAGUAUCCUUCUGGCAUUAACACCUGGCAGUUCAACUUCAAAUUCAACCUCACGGAAGACAUGUACUCUCAGGAUUCCAUAGACCUCCUUGCCAGCUCUGGGCUGCAGUUCCAGAAGCAUGAAGAAGAAGGGAUUGAUACCUUGCAUUUUGCUGAGUUGCUGAUGACGUCGGGGGUUGUGCUCAGUGACAGUGUGAAAUGGCUGUCCUUCCACAGUGGUUAUGACUUUGGCUACAUGGUGAAGUUGUUGACAGAUUCCAGGUUACCAGAAGAGGAACAUGAAUUUUUCCAUAUCUUAAACCUUUUCUUCCCAUCUAUCUAUGAUGUGAAGUACUUAAUGAAGAGCUGCAAAAACCUCAAGGGUGGCCUUCAGGAAGUGGCAGACCAGCUGGAUUUGCAGCGAAUUGGACGACAACACCAGGCAGGAUCAGACUCUCUUCUCACAGGAAUGGCAUUUUUCAGAAUGAAAGAGUUAUUUUUUGAGGAUACAAUUGAUGAUGCAAAGUAUUGCGGACGACUGUAUGGCCUUGGCACAGGAGUGGCUCAGAAACAAAAUGAAGAUGUGGACUCGGCCCAAGAGAAAAUGAGCAUUCUGGCCAUUAUCAACAACAUGCAGCCGUGAUGAGCGGUGCCCCUCAGCAGAACAUGUUUACCAUUUUGGCAGCUGCUGUCCUCAACCAUUUUCCCUAAACAGUGUCUCAAACAAAAAGCAUCUCCGGUACACAGGCUGCACCAAGCCUUGCAGUUUGGCUGAAGAGCUGCAUUUUCCUUUGAAACCCUGAAGAGUUGACUGAUUUCCUAAUGCCAGCAUUUGUGGUUUGCUAUAUUUUUAAUACCAAGGGCAAAGGACAGAAUCUACUGUGUAUACCUCUGGUUUUUUCCUCUUUUUACUGUACAGAAUCUGCAAGGAAGAUUUACCUGUAGAAUAUUGGGUGGAGCUGAGGGUUGGGAAAUGCAGUGAAAAUGGACACAGACACGCACGCAAAUUUGCAAUUUGUGUUUUAUAAAGCUUAUUUUAAAACUUCUGCAUGUUGUGAGGGUGACAGCUUCACCUCAUGUGUUGCUUGUUUUAUCUGUCUGUGGAAAUUGCUCCCUUUGAUCACUGCAGAGGUUUGGGAACAGAUGACAUUAAAAAUGAUCCUUGCAGCUAAAAAUACUCAAGAGAUUUGCUUUAAUAAGAGGGAAUGGAGAUUAAUGGAGCUGAUUUGAUCAGCACUCUUUAGUUUCUAAUUCUCUGUGUUGCUGCUUUGACCCAUGCUAAGCCUCAGCUUUGUUCUUACGGGUAUUAAGGAACUGUUCUGGAACUACAUUCAGAGGCCCAAAAGUUCACCUUUGACAGGGGAUUGGACCAAUGCUAUGACUUCAGUUUUCUUCAGCUUAAACCUACAAAUUUUAUUCAUCUCAUGCAACACAACUAGGUCAGCAUGGACAAAUACUUGUUCCUCUUCUCCCCCCUGCUUCUCCAUCCCCUAAUUUUACAAUAUGCUUAACAGGUAAAACAGAGUUUCUGAUUUUUUUCCUGAGUUUCUGGGUCUUUUUCAUUAUAAACACCUGAAAAGUAGUUAAGAGGAUGAAGAACUUGGGAUUCUGAUUUGAAAAACAUUCUAUAGUAUUUUUUUUAACAGCUCUGUAAUGACAUUUCUUAAAAGAACAAACCCUUUUAGACAUGUCAAACUUAAAAAUUUUUUAAGACUUUGGCAUUUUGAACAAGCUUAAUCCAAUAUUAAAGAGUUGAGGUUUAGAGCUAGUAUUUGAAAUGUUUGUAAAGACUAGUUUUUAUUUUUUGUAAAAUAAAUUUUUUUAAACCAGG